UUGUAACAUGGCUACCAUCAAGAGGUUCUGGAAUCCAGGCCUGACCUGGUUCUGCUUCGCUCUGUUGGCUCAGAACGUGGUCUGCCUCCUUCUGCCCGGGAUUGCCCCACGAGACUACAAGGAAGGAGAGGACGUCCCUCUUUCGGUCAACGAGAUGACCAGUGUUCGCACGCAACUGCCCAUGGACUACUUUAAGACUCAUGCCACCAACUCUCAGUGCGGAGUUGUUGCUGAUAAGUCAGCAGAAGUGAGCGCCAAUCUUGGUGAGCUCUUGAGUGGACAGAUGAUGUCACCAACCAGUUACAAAAUCCAAAUGUUGCGCCCAUUGAAGUGCCAGAUUGCGUGCAAAGAUCAGCUCUCGCCUGAACUCAGGGACACUAUCAAACAGAUGAUACGUGACCAAUACACCGUGAACAUGAAUGUUGACCGUCUCCCCGGCGCGGUCAAGUUCAUGGUGAGAGAUCCUCAGAAGAAGGCGAAUGAGGCGGAAAACGAUAAGGAGAAUGAAGUGUUUGUCAUGAGCGGAUUCCCUUUGGGAGUCCAAUUGAAGAAUCAGUUCUUCCUGCACAACCACUUGAAAUUCAAGUUGGAGUAUCAUCGUCCAGAGGACGCUGUAGAUGACGGUUACUCGCUCUACAGGGUGGUCGGGUUUGAAAUUGAACCCAGCAGCUUGAAGCAGUUUGUGAGGGACGGUGGUGACUCAGCGGUGUGUCACAGCGAGGGUGCCACUCUAGAGCCUCUUGACCUCGAUAAGGCCGAGUCAAUCACAUACACCUAUGAUGUUGAAUGGACGGAGAAUCCCGAUAAGGAGUGGGUCACACGAUGGGACAUCUAUCUCCAAAUGUCCCCUGGAUCUGGCCAAAUCCACUGGUUUAGCAUCAUAAACUCGGUUCUCAUCGCACUGUUCCUCUCUGGGAUGGUUGCGAUGAUUCUCAUCCGGACUCUUGCCCGAGAUAUUGCCAAGUACAACGAGCUAGUUGGGGAGAUGACCGCCGAGGAGGCGCAGGAGGAGGCGGGUUGGAAAAUGGUCCAUGGUGACGUCUUCCGACCACCGCCUCACAGAAGGCUACUCUGUGUUUGUGUCGGGAGUGGAAUACAGCUGCUGCUCAUGUGUGGCUUGGUCCUCAUCUUUGCGACACUGGGCUUCUUGAGCCCAGUCCACAGAGGAGCUCUAUUGCAGGGCAUGGUCCUGCUGUUCGCUUUCAUGGGUGUUCCCGCGGGAUACGUCUCUGGGCGUCUCGGGAAAACUCUCGCACCAACGUCAUCAGAGCACCAUCGCAGCACCACAAUGUUGACGGCCUUCGUUUACCCAGGUUCUGUGUUCGCGAUGUUCUUCUUCCUCAAUUUGCUGGCGUGGGCCAAGGGCUCAUCAGGAGCUGUACCCUUCACCACAAUGUUUGCCGUACUGGUUCUCUGGUUCGGGAUUUCCGUCCCUCUGGUCUACCUCGGCGCAGCAGCAGCUUACAAACGAGACCCUAUUGGUUUCCCUUGCCGAGUGAACUCGAUCCCCCGACCAAUACCACCACAGCCUUGGUUUCUGAGGCCCUGGUUGCUGUGCCUCGUCGGUGGUAUCCUCCCGUUCGGUGCUGUCUUCACGGAGCUCUUCUUCAUCAUGAGCUCCUUAUGGCAGCACCAGUUCUACUACCUCUUUGGGUUCGUCGUCCUGGUGUAUCUAAUCCUCAUCAUCACUUGUGCGGAGGUGUCGAUAGCUCUGACCUAUUUCCAGCUGACUGCUGAGGACUACCGUUGGUGGUGGCGCAGUUUCCUCGUGUCGGGAUCGAGUGCACUCUACGUGUUCGGGUAUUCGUUGAUGUACCUCACUACCCGGCUCCAGAUUGUGAACGUGGUUUCCAUUGUGGUUUACGUGGGUUACAUGGCGAUGAUAUCCGCUGCAUUCUUCCUCCUAACUGGAUGUAUCGGAUUCAUUGCAACAUUCUUCUUUGUUCGGGCCAUAUACGGCUCGAUCAAGGUGGAUUAGGAACAGCUUUGAGUGCUGCUAUUUGAGUGCCGGUUUUUGAGAAGAGUAGUAUAUAGAAGUUCGAAUGAACUCCCUGGGCGAUCGGACUUUGCAUAGAAGGUAGAGACGUGAGAUCAAAUAUAACCUCUUGUCACUU